AUGCCGGACACUAGAACCGGCGAUAGUGUCGCGGCCCGUCAAUGUUGGGAGUGCUUCAAACGACGCCUGGUGUGCGAUCGCACCCUGCCGCUAUGCAGGAAAUGUGCCAAGACGGGUAAGGAAUGCCCAGGAUAUAACGACCAGAAGCCGUUGCAAUGGGUGGAACCAGGGCACGUGACGAUUCGUCCGAAGAAGAAGAGCAAGGAAUGCCGGCCACCAACAUCCGCCAUCAGAACGGCAAACUCCGCGAGACUCGCACCCGCCAUCCCAAAUGGGCCAGUUGCGGAUCCCGGGGAAUCCAGAGACGCAAGUCUACCAGAGCUCCUCGGACAGGGAGGGCGCUCGGGGCUGGUCUCCGAAGAGCUUCAGCUUACCCCAGAGGCGAUCGAAUUGUCGAAGAGCCAACUUGCCAACUUAUUGGUGGAAGAAGACAAGCCAGCAUGGUGGCGCGACCUCGAUAUCGAGAAGCAGGUAGACCCCAUUGAGCUAACAACUGCAAAGGCCGGAGCGGGCUGUGGGGUGGGCGAACGCAUCAUGUGCAUUGGCAACAAAGACCAGAUCAAGGAAGUGGUUGAAAGGGGCCAGCAUUGGGAAGCCGCACUACUUCUGCAGUCGAAUCAAAGGCCUCUGGCGAAGAUACAGAGACUGCUGCAGAUCAUGGAGAUGAACAGACUUCCAUCGUACGAUUUCUUGUCCGAUGAGACACACGACGUGGUACAAGCUGUCAACUACUAUGUCGACUGGAGGUCGCAUGCAGAUGGUAUGAAGCGACUGAUAGAUAUGCGUGGUGGCUUUGCAUCACUACGACGCACAGUACCUCACAUGACAUCAGCGCUGGUGAUAUUCGUACUCAUCGUAACCUUUUCGAACAGUCUUGGUCCAGCAACACAUCAGAUCAGUAUCACUGAGCCACUCGAACAGCACAUUCAGGAAGUGGAGAAAGUGUACAGCCUCAUACUUCCUUACACACUGUGUCCGUCAACACUCUUCAUCGAGAUCAUUCGCAUCAACCGCCUCCGUCAAGAGCUCAGCCUCACGCCCAUCGUGGAAUCGCAUCAGCACGCUCAAGAUGCACGAAGCAUUCUUUCCCGUGUCGAAUCCUACGGCCCAAGAGAAUGGGCGCAGUCCAGAGAUCAAGAAGAUGACUGGCAGCUGAUCGCAUCGAUCUGGCAGUCUGCAAUCGCACUGUACUGCAUAAUGUCGUUGCAAGCUGUUGAGAUUCUCCCCAGCACCACAGGCAUGGAUAUCAUGCGAAUGCGACACCGCGAUCGCCUACUUAACGAUCUGAAGGCUGCUACGCGACUAAAACAACUCAAGAAGAUAUCGACAUUCCCACUAUGUGUGCUUGGCGUGGAAGCAGGCUAUCACGUCCAGCAAAGCACUCAGAUCUGGAUUGAACGGCACUUGGAGGAUCAUGCCCGCCUUCUUGGCAGUAACAGUCCUUUGAAGGCGCGAGAAGUGCUCCGACGAUAUUGGAGGCGGAAGAAACCUGGUUGGAAUGAGUGCUUUAAUGAGCCGUUCACAACCCUUGUACCAGCGGGUGUCUGCUAA